CUGAGGACUGGAAUUGAGAAGCGCUGCUCUACAUCAAAGCAGCUCCUGAAGAGGACCAGCUGGAGAGCAUUGUAAAUCAGGGGAGGUCCACAAAAUGUUUUUCUCAGGUGCUGCUGGUUCAGAGUGAACGGUGGGAAGAGCGCUGCGGGAGUAUUUAUACAGAUGGAUCCAAGAAAACGCCCUGACCUCAGUGACAAAGCAGGCUUCCAAAUGUUGGGACGUGGACGAGGACUGCAGCCUGUUGAAAUGACUGUAGGACGUAGUAGAGGGCUGCUGCUUUCUACAGAAGGGCUGGGAUUAGGACGAGCCAGGGGUUUCCUGCCCCCUGGCGAUAUCCCUCCAGGACGAGGAGUGCUGCCGCCCUCCACUGCGCCAGGCAGAGGGCUGCUGGUGCAUCCUGACGAGGUGGGAGUCGGCCGAGCCAGAGGCCUUCUGCUCCCAUCAGCUGAACCCAAAGUCGGGGUGAGCCGAGGAGCAGUCCUGCCUAGACUGGGACAACAAUAUGAACAGAAGCACAUGUUAGAAAUGCCACCAGGCUCAGCAGGAGACACGGCUGCUCCACGAGGAGAAGAGGUUAGUGCGCCGCCCUGUGGUCAAGGGUCAACGCUGGUGUCCAUGUUUAGAGGAAUGGGUGUGACUUCCUGGGGAAGAGGAACUCCAGCAGUGGGAAGAGAAUCUGGACAUGAUGGAGAGGUGAAAGUUCAAGAUUUCCCGGUAGGACUCGCCACCGCCAUGCAGGGUGCUGGUCACCGUGGAGACUCAAUGGGCAGGGGAAGCAGUUUGUCCGCUCAGAUGAUUGUGGGACUUGGAAGAGCAGCUCUGCCGCAACUUGGAAUGGGAAGAGGACAGGCUUUGCUUUCUUCUUUGCCUUCAGGUCAGAUUAAGCCAGUUUGUCCAACAUCUGAUCCCCAAAGAACCCCGCUGUCUCCGCCUCAUCCUGAAGGAGGUUUGAAAGUUGUUCCAAUGACUCAGGACUUGCCUGUGCCUCUAAGUAGUGCACUACCAAAGAAGGAGAUGACAAUGGAGUCAGUAUGUUCUCCAAUUAAUAAAGCUGGAACAAAAGGAACUCCCAUAACUAUUGGGUCAAACCACAUCGUAGUUUCAUGCAAGAAUGAAGCUGUGUAUCAGUACCAUGUCACCUUCACUCCGAAUGUUGAAUCCAUGACGAUGCGUUUUGGCAUGAUGAAAGAUCAUCGCUCAACCACAGGAGAAGUGGUGGCUUUUGAUGGCUCCAUCCUUUACCUGCCAGUUAAACUGAAAGAUGAGGUCCUUUUAAAGAGCUCAAGACGGACUGAUAACCAAGAAAUAGAAAUCAAAAUAAAGAUGACAAAGAUUUUGCCCCCAAACUGUGACCUUUGCAUCCCGUUCUACAAUGUGGUUUUCAGAAGGGUGAUGAAAAUCAUUGGGCUGAAGCAGGUGGCCCGAAACCAUUAUGAUCCAGAAAGCGCUGUUGUUCUUGAAAAACAACGGCUUCAAGUGUGGCCAGGUUAUGCAACCGCUAUUAAGCACACAGAUGGCGGUCUGUACCUGUCUGUGGAAGUGACUCACAAAGUUUUGCAGAACGACUCUGUGCUGGACUUGAUGAACAUGCUGUACAAACAGAGCAAAGAGAACUUCCAAGAUGUGUGCACCAAAGAACUGGUGGGAGCCAUAGUUAUCACACGCUACAACAAUCGCACGUACCGCAUUGAUUCCAUUGAGUGGAAUAAGUCUCCUAACGACAGCUUCACUUUGAUGAAUGGCACUAAAACCACCUUCUUGGAAUAUUACAGUAAGAACUAUGGAAUCACAAUCAAAGAGAUGAACCAACCUUUACUCCUGCAUCGACCGAAGGAAAGGUCCAAACCUGGAGGGAAGCAAAUUAUCACCGGUGAGAUCCUUUUGGUGCCAGAGCUCUCCUUCUUGACAGGAAUCCCAGAGAAAAUGAGGAAAGACAUGAGAGCUAUGAAGGAGCUGACCAGUCACAUCAACGUGAGCAGUGAGCAGCACACCAACUCCAUAAAGCAGCUUCUGAAGAACAUCAGCUCCAGUCCUGAAAGUGUGAAGGAGCUCAGCCGAUGGGGACUGGAGAUCGGCUCAGAGAUCCUCAUAGUUCAAGGAAGAACUUUGCCGCUUGAAACCAUCUGUCUCCAGACGUCUUGCUUCGCAACCGGAACUGAUGUUUCCUGGUCCAGAGAGGUUGUGAGAGAUGCUUCAAUCAACUCUGUCCCUUUGAACAUCUGGGCCAUCUUCUAUCCGUCUCGUUGUGCAGACCAAGCUGAAGAACUUGUUUCCACUUUUAAGAAGGUAGCCGGGCCCAUUGGGCUACGAAUGGCUCGCCCCAUUAGAGUGGAGCUGCGGGAUGAACGAACUGAGACGUACGUCAAAAGUAUCCACUCUCAUCUCACCAGUGAGCCUAAUUUGCAGCUGGUUGUGUGCAUCAUGGUCGGCAAUAGAGAUGACCUCUAUAUCGCCAUCAAGAAGUUGUGCUGUGUUAAAAGCCCGAUUCCUUCUCAGGCCAUCAAUAUCCGGACAAUAUCUCAGCAGAUGAAGCUGAAGAGUGUGGCUCAGAAGAUUCUGUUGCAGGUGAACAGCAAGUUAGGAGGAGAACUUUGGACCGUCAACAUCCCUCUGAAAAACCUGAUGGUAGUUGGAGUUGAUGUUCACCAUGACACCAGUAAAUCACAUCAGUCAGUCAUGGGAUUUGUUGCCAGCGUGAACAGCUCCCUGACCCGUUGGUACUCCAGGGUUACCUUCCAGACGCCUACAGAGGAACUGAUUCAUGGCUUCAGAGUUUGCCUGCUGGCUGCACUGCAGAAGUACCACGAGAUAAAUCACAACCUGCCUGAGAAGAUUGUGGUGUAUCGGGACGGUGUGUCUGAUGGCCAGCUGAAAAUGGUCGAGCAAUAUGAGAUACCACAGCUGAUCAAAUGCUUCGAGACGUUCCCCAGCUACGAGCCCAAGCUGGUCUUCAUUGUGGUCCAAAAGCGCAUCAGCACCAAUCUGUACUCCUGGACUUCGAACAACUUUGGCACGCCUUCACCUGGAACUGUGCUGGAUCACACCCUCACUCAGAAGGACUGGGUGGACUUUUAUUUGAUGGCACAUCCUAUUCGUCAGGGUUGUGGACUUCCUACACACUACAUCGCCCUGUACAACACAGCUAACCUCAGCCCUGAUCAUUUACAAAGGCUGACGUUCAAGAUGUGCCAUCUGUACUGGAACUGGCCAGGGGUCAUUCGUGUCCCAGCACCAUGCAAGUAUGCCCACAAACUAGCUUUCCUGUCCGGCCAGUAUCUGCACUCAGAACCAGCCAUCCAGUUAUCUGACAAACUCUUUUUCCUUUGAGCUGACAGUUAUAGACAAGUCAUAGAACAGCUUUGAUGAAAACAUCUUGAAGCCUCACAGAUUGAAAUGACUUAACACAUUGUUUUCAGUGUUGCAGAAGGUUUGUUUUGUUGUUACUGUUCUCUAAAUUUGUUCCAGAGUUUUCAGUUUUAUCCUUUUUUCCCCCCCAAACGAUUUCAACAAGCCUUUUUAUUUUGUUCCACAUUUAUGUUGCUGUAUCAAAAAAAAUCUGUAGUGUGUUAAUUUUGUGUUGUAAAGCGUCCAA